AUGUGGCUGUUCCCACGGCAGGAGCCAGGACGGGGCCAUCCGGACACAGACCCCAUGAGGAACUCCAGUGUGGAGCCCCCCAGCACCAUGGGCGCCCUGCAUGGGGGCUGUACCGGGACACCCCCGGCCGAGGGGGCUGCGGAGCCCCUGCGGGUGCCCACGUUCUCACCGGCUGCCCAGGUGCGUGUGGCCAUCACAUUUGCCCUGUUUGCCCUCUCCGCCGGCUGCAACCUGGCAGUGCUGCGGGCAUCGGGGUCCCGGCGCUCCCACAUCCGCCUGCUGCUGCGGCACCUGGCUGCGGCCGACCUGCUGCUCACCGUGGCCGUGAUGCCGCUGGAUGCCAUCUGGAACAUCACCCUGCAGUGGUGGGCAGGGGACCUGGCCUGCCGCAUCCUCAUGUACCUGCGGCUGCUGGCCAUGUACGCCUCUGCCUUCGUCACCGUCGUCAUCAGCCUGGACCGGCAGGCUGCCAUCCUGCACCCGCUGGCCAUUGCCCGUGCCCGGAGGAGGAACCGCAUCAUGCUGCAGGUCGCCUGGCUCCUCAGCGCGGUGCUCUCGGCACCACAGCUCUUCCUCUUCCACACGGUCACGGUCACCAUCCAGCCCCUGUACAACUUCACACAGUGCACCACGCUCGGCAGCUUUGCCCAGCCCUGGCAUGAGACCUUCUACAACAUGUUGGGCUUCACCUGCCUCUUCCUGCUGCCGCUGCUCAUCAUGGUCUGCUGCUACACCCGCAUCCUCCUGCAGAUCACCCGGCGCAUGGGCUCCAGCCUCUUCUCCUCCCAGGAUGCUUCGCUGCGGUGCUCCAGGAACAACAUCCCCAGAGCCCGGCUGCGCAUGCUGAAGAUGAGCGUGGUCAUUGUCUCCUCCUUCAUCCUCUGCUGGACCCCCUACUACCUGCUGGGGCUGUGGUACUGGUUCUGCCCGCGGGCCAUGGAGAAGAGGGUCUCACCUGCCCUCGCCCACAUCCUCUUCAUCUUUGGCCUCUUCAAUGCGUGCCUGGACCCCAUCACCUACGGGCUCUUCACCAUCCCCUUCCAGAGGGGCUGGGGCUGCCCCUGUGGGCACAGACCCAAGCCCCAGCCGCCCUCCUUGGCCACCGGCUCCUUCCAGUGCUCGGCACCGGCUCCUGACACAGCAGCUCCCUGUGAGGGACACGGCCCCAUGCCCCGGGGUGCUCGGCUGGGGGGACAGCAGCAGUAG